AUGUAUGAGAAGAAGCAGAGAAAGAAGCCUUUGUGGUACCCAUACGUUAGAGAGCUUGAUCGUCAGCCAGGAGGGGACAGCUUGCAGUGGAAUCUCCCCUUCUAUGGUGUACGUAGGAAAGGAAAAAAAAAAACUGUUUUGGAUAUGCUUCCUUAUCUGCAUUUGGGCUAUGUUGCUGAUCCUUCUGAGAUGCAAUCCGAUAUUUCUUCUCAAGGACCUAUUUGUCCAUUGGCAGACAGUGAUCUGAAACCAAAGAAGCGAGUUGCUACUCAGCUUCAUGUUAAGUUGGAAAAGAAAAUGCUUCAUGCAUGCGAUUUCUGCAAUGGAAUUUAUUCGUGGUGGUUAGUGGCACAUAGGAGUUGUCUGUGGUAUCACCGUCGUUGUCUGUGGUGGUUAGUGGUCGUUGUCCUCUUUGUCGUUGGCGGCCGGAAGCUAUUUCAAGGUAUUUCCGAUGACCUCAAGUGUCGUCUCCGGUAUUGGGCACCAAAAUUGAGCUCGUCGUCAUUUUUUGUGCACACCGGUGAGUCUCCCGUCGUCAUUGGCUGCCGGAAGGCCUGUUUAUCUCCAACGACGGCGACGUCUGGUAAACACUCUGUUGGUUGUAGAUGGGUAUAUACAAUCAAAAUCCAUCUUGAUGGUUCUGUUGAACGUCUGAAAGCCCAGUUGGUUGCUGGUUACACUCAAACUUAUGGCAUUGAUUAUGACGAAACUUUCUCUCCGGUUGCCAAAAUUUCUUCUAUUCACGUAUUGAUCUCUCUUUCUGCUAAUUUGGAUUGGCCCUUAUUUCAGUUGGAUGUUAAAAAUGCAUUCCUACAUGACGACUUAAAUGAGGAAGUGUAUAUGGAGCAACCACCUGGAUUUGUUGCUCAAGGGGAGUAUCGAGGUAUUGUGUGCAAGUUAAAAAAGACAUUAUAUGGUUUAAAACAAUCUCCUCAAGCAUGGUUUGGGAGGUUCUCUGAUGUUGUAUUGGCAUUUGAUCUUCAUUGAUGCCAAACAGACCACUCGGUAUUUCACUUACAUAGUGAUGCAGGUCAUAUCUAGUUGGUUGUAUAAGU